CUCUCUUCGCUUUCAACGCAAACCUCUUCCACUUGACCCAAACUACGGGGUGGGACACACACACACACUUGCCGCUUCUUGCUUUGCUCAAUGCGAAGGAGCUACCCGAGAGUCCUUAAAUCAACUCAUGCAGAAAAAGGAGAAAAGUUUCGGUAUACAAAUGCUCUCUGUCCAGCCAGACACCAAACCGAAAGGUUGUGCUGGCUGCAACCGUAAGAUCAAAGACAGGUAUCUCCUAAAGGCCCUGGACAAAUACUGGCAUGAGGACUGUCUGAAGUGUGCCUGCUGCGACUGCCGUUUGGGGGAGGUCGGCUCUACCUUGUACACCAAAGCCAACCUUAUCCUGUGCCGCAGAGACUACCUGAGGUUAUUUGGCGUUACGGGGAACUGUGCAGCCUGCAGCAAACUCAUCCCUGCUUUUGAGAUGGUGAUGAGGGCCAAGGACAAUGUUUACCACCUGGACUGCUUCGCCUGUCAACUUUGUAAUCAGAGAUUUUGCGUGGGAGACAAAUUUUUCCUAAAGAACAACAUGAUACUCUGCCAGACAGACUAUGAGGAGGGUUUAAUGAAAGAAGGUUACGCACCCCAAGUUCGCUGAUCCGAUGCCUCGUCGCGGAGAAUAUUGAAGCACUAUGUUCUUACCCUUUCUUUUCUUUGCUUUUGUUCAACGUGUAUAUAUAUAUACAUAUAUAUAUAUUAAAAAGAAAAACAAUGGCAGAACCUACUGAAUAACGUAGAUAUAGGGAGACAGGAGGGUCGUGUGGAAUAAAAGGCGGACUUCAAAUACAUGUAGUGGAAAUUGCACCAGUUCACAGUUGAAUGUUUAUUAAAAGAUAAUGUAAAUACUUGCUGGAGUUUUUUUUCCUCUCUUUUGCUUGCUGUUUUGGUAAUCUUAUUUUACUUUAUUUUUUUAUUUUGCGUCACUUGGCAUGAGAUGCUUAUUUUGGACCAAUGUAUAUAAUGUACUGUAAUAUUCAAAGCACAAAUGUAAUACAGUUUUAUUGUGUUACCAUUUGCUUCUUUGUAUUGUUGCAUUUAGUACAAUCGGUGUUUAAACUUUAUUGUAUAUUUAUGCUUUCUGUAUCUACCAGCUAUUUUGAAAGAGCUGUAUCUUUCUAGUAAAAACAAAACAAAAGCAAAAAAAAAGGAGAGAGAGAGAGAGAGAGAGCGCCAAUCCCAUGCAUUCUUCUCCGUUUUAAGAGCUUCACAAAUGCUUGAUCUAUUGAAUUAAAACUGAUGGGUAAAACUGGCCAAAUUUAAGUGCACAGUUCCAUUGACUUGAAUUGGGUCUAUUUAAGUGCAUGCUAAACUCUCCCAUUGAAACCAAUGGGAUUUGGAGGUGCUUAAUUUCAGACUGGAUUAUAAUUCUAGCAACAGCGCUGAAGCUUCUGAGGUUCUCGGUCUUUCAUUAGAUCUCAUGCAAGCUUUUCUUAUCAUUACUAUUAUUAUAUUGAAUGAUGUUUGCUAUUUUAUUCCAUACAGUUCAAAAAGUACUUUCUGUUUGCUACAGAAUUUCAGUGGGGGGGGGGAGUUUCCCCGCAACUUUGUUGGCAGUACUUCUCAACCUUACGG